UUCGUUAGAUCGCGACGCUGCGUGUAAGUAAAAAAAAAAAAAAGUGAAUGAUUAUUUCUAGAAGGAAAGAUUCUCGUCUCCCCGUAAUGAACUCGCUCCGAUUCAAACAACCGAGUCGCCUACCGAGUUUCACCGACUCGGGGAUAGAGAACGAGCAGGUGUUGACUCUCGUCUUCGAGUCGAUCAGCUGGGACAUCCACACCAUCUGCGCCGUCGCCUCCGUGAGCCGGAGAUUCUGCGCCAUCGCGAGACGCGUCCUCUGGCGCUCCCUCUGCGUCCACCGCGCGCCGGGGAUGGCGGCGGCAUUGUCCGGAUCCGAUCCGAGCGGGAGAAUCGACGGCGGAUGGCAGGCGCUGGCGAAACUGAUGUUUUUCUGCGGCGGAGGUGAGUCGACUCGGUCGCCGGGUCACUUCCUGUCCGAGUCGAGAUUCUCCAAGACCUCCGGGAGGUUUUUCCUCCCGAAGAACUGCCGGGGAGACUUGCUGUACGUCAGCGACCCGUGCGAGCACCAGGCGGUGGGAGGCGGCGGGGACGAGCAUCUGGGGGUUUUUAGAGGGGUAUUUCGGGAAUUUAUGAGGUCGAAGACGAGGCAGUGUCUUGUCAGGAGACAGGCGGAGUUGGAGGAGAAGGUUAGGUGUCCGUAUUGUGGAGGACGCGUUUGGAGUAUGAAGGCGGCGCGUUUGGUUCCCAAGAGUGCUGCGAGGAGGUUGGGGUCGAGGGAUGGUGGGUUGGAGUUUUACGUUUGCGUUAAUGGGCACUUGCAUGGCACGUGCUGGUUGAUUCCGUUGUCGUCGGAUGAGGAUGAGAUGGGUUUUGAUGAUGGUGAAGAGGAGGAGGAUGAUGAUGAUAGUGAUGAUUUUUUACGGCGGUGAGAUCUUCUAAUCAGUGGAGUUUUUAGGUGAGUGAUGGUGGCUUUUGGAAGGCAUAUGGAAACACUUUAAUGAGAGGCGAUUUUGAUUAGAUUCUCAAGUCGAUGAAACUCAGAUAAAGUUUUGAGAUACUGUUUUUUUUUUUCAUUUGCCUUAUUACCACCUUCUAAUUAAUUGAUUGAGAUCUUUAGAAGGUCCACUAAACAUAUUUGGGCCCGUGGAUGGAAGCAUUGUGUUACUCCUCCAACAUGGGUUCCAUAGUGAAAAAUGUAUUAUGUACAAUAGUAAGAUUUGUUUAUA